CACAGCCGAUUUGCGUGUACUCACCACGUGCAUGAAAUUCUGACGAUGAAACACAAUAGGAACCAUGUCGAAGGUUCCUGUUUCCCACCGAGUGGUUUAUAUCGUUGCACAGUCCUUCACUGUAGAAGACGAAGAAGCCUGAAUGGAGGACACUCAUGAUGGAUUUGUCUUAAGAUUUUCACUGUGGAGAGACUAAAAAGCUGAGUUUCAAACAUGCUUACAAAAUUUGCUGCUGCUGCCAGAUGCCCCCGCAAGUGGGCUUUUCGUCACUGCAAAGCCAUUCUUUACAAGACUUUUUGUCAGCUGCGCCCAGUGCAGCUGUUAGGAGCUUCAAGGACUCACACAUGGACUACAGUACCAUCCUCCAGGGUAACCCAAAAACCUGUGUUUAGCAGAGCUCCAGCUUUUGGGGAAAGGCUUGCGAUCAUAGACAGCAGUGGAAGACACAGCUAUAAGCAGCUGUACUGCCGCAGUUUAGAUCUUGCAGGAAGAAUUAGCUCCUCUCUAAAUGUUGACUUUGCAGGUCUGAGUGGAGAGCGGAUCUCCUUUAUGUGUGGAAACGAUGCUUCCUAUACAGUGGCUCAAUGGGCAACUUGGAUGAGUGGAGGAACAGCGGUGCCACUUUAUAAGAAACACCCUGUUUCUGAACUUGAGUAUAUAAUCUCUGAUUCUCAGAGUUCCCUGCUUGUGGCUGGACAUCCCUAUGCUGAGACUCUUGAGCCCUUGGCACAAAAGCUGGGUCUGCCCUGCCUGACUCUACCCCCCACUUCUAACCUAAGCGCUCUGGAGAACGCAGACACAAAUGACAAGGAGACAACUAUAACAGACUGGGCUGACCGUCCUGCUAUGAUCAUCUACACCAGUGGGACUACAGGGCGCCCCAAAGGUGUUCUGCAUACACACAGCAGCAUCCAAGCCAUGGUCCAGGGUUUGGUUUCAGAGUGGGCGUGGUCUAAAGAUGAUGUCAUUCUCCACACCUUGCCGCUCCACCACGUGCAUGGCAUCGUCAACAAGCUGCUGUGCCCACUCUGGGUGGGCGCCACCUGCAUCAUGCUACCGGAAUUCCACCCCCAGAAGGUGUGGGAGAUGUUUUUGAGCUCCAAGGCUCCGGUGGUUAACGUGUUCAUGGCUGUGCCAACUGUUUACUCUAAACUGAUCCAGUAUUAUGAUAAGCACUUCACGCAGACACAUGUGAAGGACUUCAUCAAAGCGGUCUGCAAAGACAGAAUCAGGCUGAUGGUUUCUGGCUCAGCUGCUCUUCCUCUUCCCACCCUGCAGCGCUGGGAGGAGAUUACAGGACACACGCUGCUGGAACGCUACGGCAUGACAGAGAUCGGCAUGGCGCUGUCCAACCCUCUCAAGGGCCCCCGCACACCAGGAGCUGUGGGAUUGCCUCUUCCAGGUGUGGAGGUUCGAAUUGUCAUGAGUAAUGCAACCAACACCACGAUUGUGGAAGGAACACACAAAGAGACCCAGGUACGCUCAGGCCUUGAGGGGAAAGAAGGGGAGCUUCUGGUUCGAGGUCCAUCUGUCUUUAAAGAAUAUUGGAACAAACCUCAGGAGACCGAGCAGACGUUCACUGAUGAUGGCUGGUUCAAAACUGGAGACACAGCAGUGUACAAGGACGGCGUGUUUUGGAUCAUGGGCCGCAGCAGUGUUGACAUCAUUAAGAGUGGUGGCUACAAGAUCAGCGCACUCGACGUAGAGCGCCACCUACUGGCCCAUCCAGACAUCUUGGAUGUGGCUGUGAUCGGCGCCCCUGAUGCCAUUUGGGGUCAGAAAGUGACUGCUGUGGUGCAGCUGAAAAGGGGGCGGAGUCUGAACCUUUCAGAGCUUAAGAUCUGGGCAAGGGAGCACAUGGCGCCGUACACCGUGCCUACGGGCUUGCUGCUGGUGGAGGAGAUACCCAGAAAUCAGAUGGGCAAAAUCAACAAAAAGGACCUCCUGCGACAGUUCUUCCCAUAACUGGACAGCUGGGAUAUGUGUGGCAGCACGCAUGUUUUUUCCCCAUCUUUGCACCUUCUCGCCAAUGCGAAUAUUUGCACAUUAAUUAUGCUAAACCAUGGAGUACAAAGAAAUUAAAAAAAUUAUUUUAUAUUUUAAGGAUUAUUUUGCUGAUUGCUUUGUAUAAAAUCCUUGCAUUUAUUCAUGAUUUUACCCUACUUUUUUGUUUUUUUGCAAAACUGAAGUUGUAUUUGGUUCUGACCACUGAUAAAUAAGAAUUAUCUUUU